AUGAUAGAGCUGGCGCCCAUUUUAAAAAAGGCCUACUGGGUCCUCGCUCUCUGCGGCCUGAUUUAUGUCUCUCUGAUCUUCUCUCUAACAUAUCCCACUAUCCAACGGGGUGUGCUCUAUUCGCAUGGAAUCAAUCCAUCGCGAUUCUACGACGUCAACGAUGUUGAAAACUUUGGGUUCUUGAAAUCUCAGGUACAACCGUUCAACUUACUUACUCCGGAUAAUGCCACCCUAUAUGCAUGGCAUAUCCUGCCCCUUCAUCUUUGCAAAGAGCAUGAGAGAGAGCUUCUCGCAAGCCACAGUUACGGUGUAGCGGAGGAUAUGACCAGAACGGGUGCUUUCAAUUUACUCGCCCGAGAUCCAAAUGCGAGAGUGAUCGUCAACCUUCACGGAAAUGCUGCAAACCUUGGCUCUGGCUAUCGCCCCGGGAUCUAUCGCAAUUUUGUCUCAAUGUCAACGCCGUAUCAUCCUGUUCACGUGAUAGCAUUCGAUUAUAGAGGGUUCGGGCUCUCCACCGGGGAGCCUACAGAAGAAGGCCUGAUCACAGAUGCGCUAACGGUGAUAAACUAUCUCACAUCACCCCCUCUCUCUAUUUCUCCAUCUCGAAUUGCAGUUGUAGGCGAGAGCCUUGGGACUGGGGUCGCUGCUGGACUUGCCGAACGACUUGCUUUUGGAGACGCGUCACCCGUCAAAACUCUCGCCGGAUUUGUGCUUGUCGCCCCAUUCUCGAAUAUUCCCAAGCUCUUAGAGUCAUACUGCAUUAUGGGGAUAUUCCCACCACUCCUCUCACCGCUGAUGGGGUAUCCUCGAUACAAGAAAUACGUGCUCGACCACAUAAUUGAUCGAUGGGAUACUGCGUCACGGCUAGCCAGACUAACAGGUGUAUCCCCACAAUCUGAUUCUGACGCAGAGCAUGAUGAUAAAAACUUCCAUCUCACAAUCAUGCACGCAGCUAAUGACCCUGAUAUUCCUUGGCGCGAAGGUAAAAGAGCGUGGGAAGCGGCUGUUGGAGGUGAGGACGCCGCGAAGUUGGGUACUUUCACUGAGCAAUCAAUUUCAAGUGAUAAUACUACUGAAGUCAAAACCUGGGAACGAAGGGUUGGAUCAGGGCUGAAGAGAGUUAGAUGGCAGAAAGUACGAUAUGGAGGUAUGGCUUCCCCAGUGUCUUCAUCCAAUAUCCCUUCUAAUGAAAGGACCGUUCGGGUGUCGAGAUGGAUGCUGAAUUAUUCACUUUUCUAUCUAGGGCACAAUGAGAUUGCAAGUCUUAGCCCGGCAGCCCUCGCUGUGAUGAAAGUUUUUGAUUAG